AUGGCUCCCACUCAUCGUCGUGGACCCUGGGUUCCCGAAGAGGACCAGUUGCUCCUUCAGUUGGUUCGCGAACAAGGCCCCAACAACUGGGUCCGCAUCUCUCAGCACAUGCACUACCGCUCACCCAAGCAAUGCCGGGAGCGCUUCCACCAGAACCUCAAGCCCUCUUUGAACCGUGAGCCCAUCUCUGCUGAGGAGGGCCUGAUGAUCGAGCGGAUGGUCAACGAAAUGGGCAAGCGCUGGGCUGAGAUUGCACGACGCCUUGGAAACCGCAGCGACAAUGCAGUUAAGAACUGGUGGAACGGCAGCAUGAACCGCAAGAGAAGAGGUCUCCCUACCUCCAGCUCGCCUCACGCCGGACGCACGAUGCACGGACGGGUCCAGGCCCCAUAUGCGCGGGCCUCUCUGGGCUUGAGCAGCCCCAUCAGCCGUUCUCGCUACUCUUCCAUCUCCAACGACAGACCUCUGACUUCCUGGACCAAGUCUCCUUCAUCUCGGAGGGAUUCCUUCUCCGCCUCUUCCAUCGACUGCCCCCGCCAGUUGACCCCGAUCUACACACUUCCUGCUCUUAACCGCCCUGUCGAAACUCCUCUCACCUUGCCUGCCUUCUCGGAAGCUUCUUCCAUGGAGCCUCCCUCCAUGAUCUCGGACCACAACUCCGUCUCUUCCUCCUCUCCCAGGACCAUCGCCUCGCCACAGCUUCUUCCCCUUCCGGUGGACAUGAGACAGCAAUACGGCGACUUCCGCAGGCAGAGCACUUCGGAUGAGAUCUAUGCCUACCACGAUCUCUCGUUGAAGCAACGGUGGAUCUCCGAUCACCAGCAAUGGAACCAGCACUCUCCGCUAUCUCCCACAUGGUCUGCUCCGAUCGAAGACAAGACAGAAGCCCCGCGCGACUCGCGGAUGGGUCUUCAGAACUUGCUCAACUAA